AUGUCACAAUCAAAUUCUUCAACUGAUAAUGUUAAUAUAACCAAGAACAGCUUCUUCUCUUUCCCUUAUUUAAAAUCCUUUUUAAACAACACAUAUGUCAAAAUAUUUAUAAAAUAUAUGAAAUUUGUCGGUCCUGGUAUCAUGGUCUCCGUUGCCUAUAUGGAUCCAGGUAAUUACUCAACUUCAGUGUCUGCUGGUUCUAACUAUGCCUACAAACUAUUGUUUGCCAUUUUCAUUUCAAAUAUAUUUGCCAUCAUCUUACAGUGUCUUUGUGUUAAAUUAAGCUCCGUAACUGGUCUUGAUUUGGCUGAAAAUUGUCAUAAAAAUUUGCCUCCAUGGUUGAAUAUCUCUAUUUAUGUUUUAGCCGAAUUUGCUAUCAUCGCAACUGAUUUAGCAGAAGUCGUUGGUACUGCUAUAUCCUUGGAGAUUCUAUUUGGUAUCCCACUAUUCUAUGGUGUUCUCUUAACUAUUCUUGAUGUCCUUAUCAUUCUAUUUUUUUAUAAACCUGGUGGAACAAUGAAACAAGUCAGAGUCUUUGAGAUUGCAAUCUCAAUCUUGGUAGCUCUAACCUGCUUUUGCUUUGUUCUUGAAUUAACUAAAAUCUCAAUCCCAAACAAAUUGGAUGUCUUCAUUGGCUUCUUGCCCUCAAAAGAAAUCUUCACUGAACAAAAAGCUCUUUAUUUAUCAUUGGGUAUCUUGGGUGCAACUGUCAUGCCCCAUUCUUUAUACCUCGGCUCAGCUUUGGUUCAACCAAGAUUAUUAAACUAUGACUUAAAACACCAAAACGCAUCAUCUCACGAUUUAUCAAAUCCAAAGAACUUGCACAAUAAAGAUCGUUAUGAACAAUCCAUCGAUCAAAGAUACAAACCUUCCUUAGCUGCUAUCGAUGAUUGUCUUCUUUACUCCUAUUGGGAAUUGAUAAUCUCCUUAUUUUUAGUCGCUACUUUUGUCAAUUCUGCUAUCUUAAUUGUCGCUGGCUCUACUCUUUUUGGUACUCCUGACGCCGAUGACGCUGAUUUGCUAUCAAUUUAUGAAAUGCUAUCCUCUUAUAUCUCUCCUGCUGCUGGUUUGAUCUUUGCUUUAGCUAUGCUUUUUUCUGGUCAAAGCGCCGGAAUCAUCUGCACUAUGGCUGGUCAAAUCGUUUCUGAGGGCUUUAUUAAUUGGUCCUUCAAACCUUGGGUUAGAAGAAUUAUAACAAGAUUAAUCGCUAUUAUCCCAUGUCUCAUCAUAACUUCUAUUAUGGGCAGAAAGGGUAUUAGUUCGAUUUUAAAUGGUUCUCAAGUUGUUUUAUCUUUAAUUUUACCCUUUUGUUCCGCUCCUUUGAUUUACUUUACUUGCAAUAAAGACAUUAUGAAGGUGGAGAUUUCAAAAAAUUCUUCCCUUAAUGAAAGAUAUUUCAUUGGUUCUAAUGGUAAAAAAUAUGUUGAUUUCUCCAAUUCUACUUUUACCGUUAUUAUUUCUUUUGCAACAUGGGGUAUUAUUGGUUUCUUAAAUAUUUACCUUAUAGUUUCAUUCCUCAUGGGUGCUGAUAUUCAUUUUUAA